AAAUAGGUCAGUGUAAACAUUUACUUUUUGAUUGAUCAAUUGAAAAUGUUGACGUUGAAGUCAUGCAAGCCUUGCAAGCGUUCGGCAGCCUUCUGCUCGAACCAGCGGUCGGUCCUGUGUCGCGCAUCUUCUGGAGCUGCGAAUAAGCUUACGUCGGCUGCAGCGGCGGUAGUUCUUUCCAGUGGACUAGCGGUCUUCCCAGCCCUGGCUUCUGGCGUGUCCUUUCCAAACAUCCAGUCCGGCGCAACAGUGUCUUCACCAUUGCACCUGGAGUUCGCGGUUGACGGCUUGACGGUCAAGCCUGCCGCGGAGGGCAUCGUGGCCGGAACGGGGCACCACCACGUCAUCAUCGACGCUCCUGCGCCAGCAGCGGGCACUGCAAUUCCAUUCGACGAUGCACACAAGCACUUCGGAAAGGGCCAGACGUCUGUCGAUCUUGAACUACCGCCUGGGAAACACACAUUGACGCUGCAGUUUGCGAAUGCAGCUCAUGAGUCCUAUGGACCGGAAUUCGCCAGCACCAUCAGCGUAAUCGUGGAAUAGACGACACGGUCUGAGGCGGACAUUACAGUGUGCGGGCCUUAGGAUUUUGUGUCUCUGUCGUGGCUUGGCGAAGCGUAGGCAUCGGUCUAGGUUUAGGUCUAGGUAGGCGAGAUAGCCUGGAGCACCCUAAAGGAGGGUGAGACGAGGCUUGAGGCCUGUUUCCGUGACUUGCGAGUUUACGGAUGACCUGAACCAGUCGUGUAAAUGACUCUGCAAGCU